AACACUGAUAUACGUGUAUCGGAAAUCCAGUGUGUUUACAAUUUGAUUUUUUCUCUCCACUUUACGGCUUACCGCUGCGUCCGACGAAUCCGUGACCCACACGCGCUGCGGCUUCGCGACGGUUUUGUGCUCAUUCGUUUUUUAGCGCCACACGAUCGCAAUAACGGUAACUGUGCGACUUGCACCGGUCGAAGUUCCAUUCAAAUAAUUCUACUGCUCACACAGGGGAAGAUCGCUAACAGACGUAUCUACACAUAUCGCACGCGCGCCUAUUAACAGUUACCCAGUACUUAUAACGAAAUAAAAAUGACCGUGGUCAACAUUAAGGACAGGGUGAAAAACAACAAGCUGAACUUGAGUGGUCUCAAUCUAACGGAGAUACCCACCAAGGAAAUCGCUCCAUUGAAAGUCUCUCAUCUGGACUUAUCCAAUAAUAAAAUAACUUCUACAGAUAAUGUUUUUUCAUCAUUGCCCAGUCUGGUAAAGCUUGAUCUAUCCAACAAUCAGAUUAAGAGUGUGGCUGGUGAUAUUGGUUCUUUACAAAAACUCGCUUACCUGUCAUUAGCUAAUAACAAAAUCAAAGAUUUACCCAAGGGUUUGAGUAAGCUCAAGCAAUUGAAACAUUUGAACUUGAGCAACAAUCCUUUAAAGCCAGAAUUGAUCGAAGCUGUUGGACCAUCACAAAAUAAUGCACAAUGCCAGUCAGCAGCUGCCAAUGCUAUACAGUAUUUGAAGGGUGACACCAAAAAACAAGAUGAUAAACAAAAUAAAAAGAAAGAUAAGAAAAAUAGCAAAGCCUCACCAAAUGGUGUACAAAACGAUAAGUCAAAAAAUAAAACUAAACCCAAAAAGAAACCAGCUGGUUUUGUAUCUAAAGUUUUUGGAUUCUUUGGCAUGCUCAUUUCAUACACACUUUUGUUUACGGUGUUGAUGGGAUUAUCUUUGUAUGCCUUGUCAUAUUAUGACAAGAAAGCAUAUGGUAAUGUCAAGGCUAAGCUUUUGCCUAUUUGGGGAUCAGUUACAUCAAAUUUAGACCCAAAAGUAGCUUCUAAAGUUAACUAUUAUCUGCUACAAGCUGGGACUUCUUUUGAUAAUGUGGUCCACAUAAGCAUUGAGGCAUCUAUUAAAUCAUACAAUUGGGUUAAAACAAAUCCAACUGUACAGCAAUAUGCUAAAAAUGUGCAAGAUUCUUGGAAAUCUUUUUGGGAUAGUGUAUUCAAGAAAACAAAAUCUACGUGAUCUGUGAGAUAGAUUUAAAAAAAACACAAUAAUAUACUGAUGUGUUUUUUUUUUGUAUUCCAUGUAUCAAAUAUUUGAUAUAUUUUCUCGAAAAACCCAUCUUUCGUCUCCUAAACAUCAUCUGCUGUAUACAACUAACAAUUUAUUUGUAUGUAUGUAUUAUUUUUUUUCAUAGAAAAUCAUUUUUGUUCAACUGAAUUACAUGUAUAAUUUUUUUCUUAUUUUUUAUAGGUACCUAAAUUUAUUAUGUAUCUUUUUUUAAAUUAUACUUAAAUUUCAUUUUUAAUUAAAACUAUUAUAAUUAUAAAAAAAAAAUGUUGUAUUAUUUUUUGUUUGUAACUGUUGAAUUUAAGUCUGAUAACAGUUGUUAAUUUUUUAAUUUGAUAUUAAAAUUAACAUUAUGCACAUUUAUUAAAAAAAAAAAAAUACUAUUUUAUUUUAAUUUACCAAAUAAUUUGUUAUAAAAAUCAUUUGUUUUCUAAUGUUUGUAAAAAAUAUUUAAUUUUUAUGAUUUCCAGUUAUAAUUAUUAUUUAUGAAUUUUGGAAGGCAAUAAUAGUUUUUUUUUUACAUAGGCAUUUAACAAUACUCAUUAAUCAAAAAUUAUUGUCUAAAUCAAGAAAAUUUGUUGUAUAUCUAAUAUAAAGAUAUUUUCUAUUAUAAUGAAUAUAACAUUGAUACAUGGUAUGUAGGUUUACUAUACAAUGUGAUAAGACGUGUUCAUAAUGAUUGAACUCUUCUAUUAUUAUUUACUAUAUUGUAUCUGACAAAUGGUUCUUAUCAUGCAAAAGGUACUUAAUGUGUGUAGUAUAAAAAUUAUUUAAUAUUUAUUACUGUAUUACUUAUUGUAACCACGUUAUAGUUAAUCGUUGAGCAUUAGUGUAAAUUUUUUAUGUUGUCUUAAAAUAUUCAUUCCCAACAGUGCUUAAAUGAUUUAUAUUUUCAGUACUAUUUUUUGUAUUUAUUGUGCUUUUUCUGAUAUAGUGAACAAUUUUAUGUUGUUGGUUAGCAUUAUUUAUUAUACACAACUAAGUUUAUUAUGUUUAUGUCACCUAUGAAAUCUAUAGGAUAUUCACAAAUCAACAUAAAUAUUAUAAAAUCGAUUGUGUUAUUUACAUAAAACAUAUAUUUAUUGCAGUAUUUUAUAUUAAUUUGACACUUUAGAUGUAAAUAAUUGUGUUGUACUUAUUUUACUAUACACAAAAUAAUUUAUAAUCCAAACUAUUACAAUAAAAAUAAAUGAUACAACUUAUUUUUA